AUGCGUUCCUUUCUUUUGACCGCAGCAGCGCUGCCGGUUGUUCUCGCUUGCUCCAACCCUGACACCGACUCAUGUGCUGGCGCCUUUGUCAGCUCGAGUGCUGCUGCCGCCAGCUUUUGCGCAACAUGGACCACGGCCGCCAUUACCGAGACCACGGCGGUCCCUGAUGCCUUUGGCUCUGCAUGUGCCUACAAGACCAAGAAGCUGUCUACGGCUUGUUCUUGCUACGUGACGGGAGGAGCAGCUGUCGCAACCUCGACUUCGUCUGCUGCUGCCGUCGAGACCACAAGUGUCGCCUCUGUCGUCAAGACUUCGGCAGCAUCUGUUGCCACCACCACCACUCAGGCUGCCUCGACCUUGGCUACCUCAACCAAGGCUGCUGCCACCACCACUGCCGCUGCUGCUGCUACCAGCUCGGCCGCCGCCGCCGUGGAUAACGCAAACGCCUGCACGGUUACCGCCUACGCUGAUAUUUCGUCAGCUGUUGCUUCAUGCACCAACAUCAUCUUGUCAGGCAUCUCGGCCCCUGCCUCCAGCACCAUUGACCUUCAGUCUCUGCAGACUGGCGCCACCGUCACCUUUGCUGGCACCACCUCCUUUGGCACCACCGCGGACUCCGACUUUGACCCAAUUGUUGUUUCUGGCCAUGACAUUACAAUUACCGGUGCCGAUGGCCACGUCAUUGAUGGCAACGGCCAGGCCUACUGGGAUGGCGAGGGUUCCAACGGUGGAAGUGACAAGCCUGACCACUUUUUCGUGGUCAAGAAGGUUUACAAUGGAAAGAUUACCAAUCUGAACAUUCAGAACUGGCCUACUCACUGCUUCUACAUCAACGGUGUCCAGGGACUCGAGGUGACGGGUCUCACCCUUGACAACUCUGCCGGUGAUGAGCCCAACGACGCCAGCGGCGACGACCCAGCCGCUCACAACUCUGACGGUUUCGACAUUUCGAGCUCGGACACGGUCACUCUCGACAACAUCAAGGUGUACAACCAAGACGACUGCGUCGCCGUGACGUCGGGAUCCAACAUCAUCGUCAGCAACAUGUACUGCUCGGGCGGCCACGGUCUGUCCAUUGGCUCCAUUGGCGGCAAGAGCAACAACACGGUCGACGGCGUCACCUUUUCCGACUCGACGCUCGUCAACUCGUCCAACGGCUGCCGCAUCAAGAGCAACUCGGGCGAGACGGGCACCGUUGCCAACGUCGUCUACCAGAACAUUACCAUGAGCGGCAUCACCGACUACGGCAUCGACGUGCAGCAGGACUACCUCAACGGCGGCCCGACUGGUGAGCCCACCAACGGCGUCACCAUCUCCGGUAUUUCAUUCAUUGACGUCACCGGAACUACGACGGGAGAUGAUGCUUAUGAUUAUUACAUUCUCUGCGGUGAUGGAUCGUGCAGCGACUUUAGCUUUUCUGGCGUCAGCAUUACUGGUGGCUCCGAGUCUUGCAACUAUCCUGAUAGCGGAUGCCCAUAG